AAUAAAAUCAGGAAAUAAGUUCAUGUUAAAUGGUUUCUCUCAUUUACCCUUGGAGUCCAAUAGAAAUCAUCUUGAUUUCUGGGUGACAUUGAUAGACUUUUGGCAAAAUUGCGCUUCAACAGAAUGUUGACGUGUCCUCCGUGGAAAACUGGAUUUGCGAUAAGAAGGAAGACCAAAGGCAAGGCCUUUGGAAAAUGAAAACCUCUUGAUCUAUACACGGAAGAGAAAAUUGUACCAUCAAAAUCAACACGCUCCAUUCUCCUCUCAAACCUUUCUAUUUCGGCUUUUCCCCAAUAAUCAAAACAGACUUGAAUUUCAGUAAUGGCAAAACCCUUCCUGGAUACUACUUCCACCAUCAUCGAAGAAAGAGAGGUACUCAUUAUUUCACCAGUUGGUGAUUGUAAGCCAAUUCUGAGAACAGCCCAUUUCCUGAAACCUAUCAUUUCCUCCAUUGAUGAACCUGAUCUUCCUUCUUACUCUGUGUCUUUACCACUGCCACCAGCCUUUGCACCCAGCUUCAAGGUCUCGUUUGGAGCGUGGAGACACCAUCAUAAAGAUUGGAACAAAUGGGUUUCUUGCAUGCAUUCGAUACACCAUUCUGCUUGGGAAAAGGCUGGUAUUUGUGAAGCAAUUCUGAGUUCCACUUAUGAAAUACCUAGAUAUGAUAAUUUGAUUUUUGGGUUAGCUGAGUAUUGGUGUCCUAACACCAACACGUUCAUUUUCCCUUGGGCAGAAGCUACUAUUACGUUAGAGGAUGUUAUGUUUUUGGGGGAUUACCCUGUUCUGGGAUCCCCUGUUUCAUGCUCUGUUCAGAAGAUAGAAUGGAAGAAGAUUGAAGGGAAAUUGAUGGAUACUCAAAAAGUGGUUAUGAGUAAAGCUAAAAAGGUCUGUCAGUAUGCAUGGAUGAGGAAUUUUAUUCAGUGUGGCACUGAAAUAGAGCACGAAGCAUUUCUUUCACUGUGGUUGUCAAGAUUUGUUUUUCAAAACUCAGCGCAGACAAUUAGGAAAAAUAUUUUCCCCAUAGCGAUCAAUCUGGCUAGAGGGAUCCCAGUUGCUCUUGCACCAGCAGUUCUUGCAAGUAUUUACAGGGAUUUGAGUCGAUUGAAAGGAAUAAUUAUCUCUUCCAAAUUUAAAACUGGUGAGGAUGUAAACAAUGAAUCAAUACUGCACAUCCCCUCGCCAUUUCAGUUGGUGCAACUUUGGGCAUGGGAGAGAUUCCAAGCAUUGCAGCCGAAUCCUAACAUGAUCAUCCGAGGUGAUCCAAGAUUUUCCCGAUGGAACAAAGUGAGAUUUUCAAAAGUUGACGAUGUUGGGUUGGCUUUAGCUUCUGCUGGAGAGAGUUUUGUUUGGCGACCUUAUGCAAAACUUCUGCAUAAUUGGCGCUUUCCCAGGUUUUACAAUGAAAAAGAAGAGUGGCUAUCAACAGAUUUGGAUUUAGAUAGGGAUCUGGAGUCAUUUGCUUGUUGCUUGAGGGUCUCCAAACUUGUUGGAAUAGGAUUUAUAGAAAACUACUUUCCACAUCGAGUAGCAAUGCAAUUUGGAAUUGAUCAGGAUAUUCCAGGUCAUGUAGAACAAUGUGAUGAGACUUCAGAAGUUGGUUGGACAAAUUACUCUAGGCCUAUCGUUGAUUCAAAGUUUUAUGUCCCAUCAAGACUGUUCCAAUCGGGUGUUACAUCUCGAUACUUGAAGUGGUGGAAGCAAUUGGUCUUGGGCCAACAAGAAUCAAAUAAGGUUUCCGUGCAAAGAAGUUCAAUACAGAAGAGGAAGCGUAGAGAUUCUGUUGAGGAAGAUAAACCAGGUACUUGUAGCAAACGCAAGAGAUUUAGCAAAACAAAAUUUAGCAAUGCUAUUAAAUUGUCUAGCCAAUUUCAAAGUUCUUCGUCCUCAUUUACAGAAGAUACAGAGAUGCAAACUAGUAUGCAGAGAUUGAAAACAGACCAACAGGCUGCAAAAAUAAAGAAGAAAGCUAGAGUUCCUGAUGUUCCACCUGGUUUUCAUCCCAAAUAUAACGUGGUGAAAAUGGAAAAUUCCCAUGAUCAAACAGAUGAGGAAAUGUUGACUACCUGUCAUAAUUGCAAGACUUUUGGCAAGAGAGCCUUUGAUAAUAGUGAUAUGUUGUUUGGUCAAUCUCAAAGCUCUUCAGCUUCAUUUACGCAUGAUAAAACUGCAAGAAAGAUGGAUUCAAUGCCAAAAUUUGUAGAGAACAUUUUGCAUAGUGAGGUUGCAGUGGGGAGUUCACAGAGAGGCAUGGAAGAAACAAGUAAGAGUAAACAAGGAAAUCUGGUUUAUAACAAGGUAAGCCUCACUGGCAAUGAAGGAGAAGAUAGUAGUGAUACACUUGAAAUACCAGGAUUGGCACUUGAGGCUCGGAUUAAAAGGCUUGAAAAAGAAAUUACUAUACUAAAAGCAGCAAGAUUUGGCAACAGGUUUCCAUACAGAUGAAUGUAGUAAAGAUUAGUUUAAUUUUUUUUUCUGAUAUUAUUGUUGAACUUUUUCAUAUGAAAACAGCAGUAACUUUUUAUUGAAUGCAGAAUAAACCUAAGUGUUUGAGCUCAAAAUAACAUUUUAUUAUCCUUCUACUA